AUGGAGAGCGAGAACGUCGGCGAUCCGACAGAGGGCUGGGCGGCGGCGGCUGGCGCAGCACUCAUGCGCCACCGAGAGGAGGGGUUGCAGAGGAGAGAAAUCGGUUUGCAGUCAUCUCGGUUCUCCCCGUCUGCGUGCUCGGGGCCUUGCUCUGCGGAGCAGAAAGGCGCGAAUCGUAAUGAUUCCGGGAAAGAAACCAGGCAACAAAGACUCCCGCGCGCCCCCUCCCCACCGGCGAAGGCCUAUGUGCUCAGUUUGCCGCAGGCGCAGGUGUCUACGGAGAACGAGGAAGCGCGGCGAAGGCGCCACCAGGGGGGGGCAGCGCCGCAGCAAACCUCGCGCGUGUUGCAGCGGACGAACAGAGGAGACUGGGAGGAUGCAGAGAGGGCCAGAGAGGCUGGUAAAGAAAUGGCGUCGCAGAGGAAACUCGCGGCGAGCGAUGGACGAGAACUAGCCCAACCAGGAAGCGAGGAAGCGAUGGGGCCGCGCAGAUCGCGCGACGCACGGAAAAAGGACCGAGACAGGGAUGAAUUCGGCAAGGCGUCCGCAAGAUACGAGGAUAGUCAUGGCGGCGCGAAGCAGGCUUACGGCAUUGCAGAGGCGGAGAGACGUGCGUGUGCGCUCUUCAGUCUCGAUCGCCUUUUGCGAGCUGAAGACGUCUCUGAAGCCUUUUCUCUCGUGGCUCCACGAGCGCAUCCGUACCGCGUGCCGGUCCCCUCUCAGUUGUCUUCCGGUCCCUCUCUCUCGCCUUCAUCUGGCUCAGAUGUCCCGCUUCCUUCGUCUGCAUCCUCUCGCUCCGUGGCUCGCGCUGGGUCACAUGGAGCAUUGUCUCCCCAUCCCGCUGCGUCCUCGCCUUCUGCCGAGCUGUCGCUGCAGCAGCGGUUUGCUGUAGCCCAGGAAGCGCUGACCGCGCUGCCGGGCGGGGCGGCUUUGUAUCUUUUUCUCCAUCUUCUUUCGCGGCAUAGUCCCUCGACGCUCGCCAAGACUGUCGCGUCGUGUGUGCGGAAGACCGAGCCAACGCUCGCGCCUCUCGUUCUCUUCCCUCUCCUGGGCUCGCCGCCAGCAACUUACUUCGAGGACGCGAUGAAGCGCCAGCUGCUUCACACCGCUUCCAUCUAUCUGCUGGUGCUGCAAAACACUGAAGGAUGUUUAGUCGUUCGGCAGAAACGCGCGUUGCCUCUUCUUCGAGCGGCGCUGCGGCUCGGCGUCGCAGGCCUCGCGCGGAAGCUCGUGCGCUUCGUGCUCGCGCUCCUGGUUGCCUAUCCGGCGCGGAAGAGGGCGGAAAACAGCGCGUGCGAGGCGACCGGGGAUCCGACUGAAAGUGCGAAGGCUCGGCAGGCGUCUGUGCAUGCGCUACGGGAAGGAAACUGCGAAGAGGAUAUCGUCGUGCCGUGGUCGGGAGCAGGAGGGGCCCCCGCACUGUGGGCUCCGCCGGCGCUGUUUCAGGAGCGAAGACGAAGCAGGUCGCACGCAGCGAGGAGUCGCGCAGAAGAGAAACCUGCGCGAGAAGGCGAGCAGCUCCACUCUCAAGUGGAAGAGGAGGAGGGCUCCCGAAGAGCCCAGAAAGCGAAGCACGGCCAGCGUGCGGAGGAACGCGCGGAGAGACAAGCCGACGCAAAAGCAGACGAAGAGAGGGCCAUCUUUCAGCUUUACCGAGAUGUUGUGGCAAUCGUUGAGGACUGUCUUUUGAGUUCGCUGGUUCAUCUGCAGUGGCUCCGCGUUUUUCAGUUGACAAGUGUCCUCGCGCUCGAUCUGCCUGCUUGGCUCUUUCGCCUCCGCCCUCAUAUCUGUCGCGUCUUUUCGCUUGACGGGCCGUGCGGAUUGCUUCCGUCUCCGGAGUCCGCCCCGGUGGUGUCGCCCUGUUGUUCGCACUCGCAGUGCCUAUUUCUGCAGGACGACCCAGCAGUGCCGUUUGAGCGCGUUGUCUUGUCGCUUGUAAGCCAGCUCGGUCUCAGCGCUCGGGGCUUCGCGUCUCGCUCGAUCUGGUCUGCCGCGCAGUGGCGAGCUUGCCUUCUGGGCUCUCGUUCGUUGCCGUCCCUCUGUCGUACGACGGAGAUGGGUCGCCUACACCAAGGCUCUCUUCUUGCGCGUACGUCUUCUCGCGCCUCGUCUCAUUUCGGGGUCGACGCGUCGCUUGCUAUUUCAGAUUCGGCAGAGGCGGCCCCGGCUCCGACUGCUUGUCGAGAGGGAACGGAUCUGCAGUCAGAAGAGGCUGACGCCCGAGUUCUUGCUGCGUCGCCUUCCGCAUGCGAGUGGAAGCGGGGCAGUUACGCAGCCGUCUCUGGGGCGUGGGUUCACCUGCCUAGCGUGAGGGGGCUCACUCCUUCGCCUGCUCCGGCCUCGCCGUUUCCGCCCCCGACGUUUCGUGAGUUUAGGGCCUGCACUCAGCGUCCUCAUGCCGGUCUGCAUGCGCAAGUGUCUCCACCUUCUUCCUCUGUGCCUCUGCCUCUUCCCGAUGGGUGGUUCACACACAAGCAGGUCUACAGGGGUCGCCUCGCUAGCUCCUUUAGUCCGCGGACGAACGCGAGGGCGGGGGCGCCGUCGCCUCCGGCGGGGCUGCCACAGAGACUUGGGAGGCGGGUGCAGCCGAACUUCGUGUCGGGGAGCGAGGGCGAGUACAGUCUCAGGGCGGCGACGGAAAGUCUGACGGCUUUCUUUCUCCACGUCUUCGUCAGAGCCGACCUGCCUGUGCUGGCGUUGGCGCUCCUCGUGGCCGCAGGCGACCGCGAGGGAGUGAGGAGAAUUCUUUCUCUCUCGCCGUCGUUGCGACUGCGCAUUCAGAUGAAGCAAGAGGAAAGCAACGGGCGCGUCUCGGCUUCCGCGGACACGACCGCUCAGCAGCCGAGCAAGGCAGCGGCGCUAGAAAGCGGGCAUCCUGGAGGACGCAGUCGAGAAGACGCGAAGACUGCAGGAGGGGGUGCAGUGCGCAGGAAGCAAAACCGAGACGCCGGCGGGUGGGCAGCAAUGUCUCGCUCCUUGCGAGAGCUGCUUUUCGUCAUGGCUGAGCAAGCGGCAGAAAGCGGGGCGCCGACUGGAGAACGGAUAGAGCCACCUGCCGGGAGAAACGGUGAAAGAAUCCGUAAAACGUAA